AUGCACUAAGAAUUAAACUGUCCUCGUUGUGAGAAUUCAUUUGAUAUUUAUGAUCGUACACCAUAAAUGCUACCAAAAUGUGGUCAUUCAAUGUGUAUGCAUUGUCUUCGUGAACAAACUAAAAUAAUAUGUCCAGAAGAUGGGUAAAGCAGUAGCUCUAAUUUCUAAGAAUUGUUUAACCAUAAGAUUUGAAUCUAUACCCAGUCAAUUAAGCUAUUUUGAAAAUAAUCAAUAAGUCUAGUCUAAAAAACUCAUAAAUAGAUUCUACAGAGUUGGGUGAUACAGUGAGACUCUCAAAAUGUGAGAAUUUCUUUGAAAUAAUGGAAUCUACAUCUCUUUGUAAAGAACAUAAUAAGAAAAUUGAAUUAGUGUGUUUAGAAGAUCAUAAUAAAAUCUGUGUUAAUUGUGCAUUAUUUGGUGGACAUAAACAUCACAAUGUUAGAAACAUCGAUGUAUUCAUAUCUAUUUAAAAAUAGGAAGUCAUUUCAGAAAUCUAACAUUCUUUAGAAGAAACUGUAGAUUUGAUGUAGUAAAUUCAAUCUAAAAUUAAAUCACUCAAAUAACCAAUUAUUAACAAAAAGAUACGUGAUUAAAUAAGAAUUUGUAUAAAAUAACAAUAGACCUUAGCUGAAGAAUAAUUUAAAGUAUACUUAUAUUACUAUAAAAUUUAAGGAAAUGAUAACUUAAUUAAUGAUGAAAUAAAGAAAAGUUGUUGAAGAGAUUGAAUAAAAAUAUAAAUAAGUAGAAGAUCAAUUAAUUAAACGUGAAUAAUAAUAUGUCAAUCAAGUUAUUGAAAAAGCAGACUUAUGGAUGUUAGCGUAAUUCUAAAUAUUUAUAGUUUAUAGAUCUUAAGAACGUAUUAAUUAAUUUGCCUCUUUAACUGAAAAAGGAGAAAUCUCUUUCUUUUUACUCUAAAAAGACACUUCUAAUACUUAGGCUAAAUAAAUUAUUGAUGAAUUAGAGGAUUUUAUGAAGAAAUUUCAAAUUAGAUUAUAAGAGGUUACUCAAGGAUAAAUUAUUCCUUAAGUACAAUUAAAUAAAGAAUUAAUGGGGAAUUUUGAAUACAAUUAUCCAUAAGUACAAUAAUCAUUUUUUGAUGAUCCAAAUAUAUUAAGAGAUGUUUCUAUGAUUGAUUAAAGUUUUUUAAAGGAUAUUGAUGAUAAACCUCCUCAUAAUGAAUUUUUGACACAUAAUUUAUUAAAUCCUCAACCUUUAUAUCAAUCUCAAUCUGCUCUCUAAUCAUAACCUUCAUCUAACAAUAUUUCAUAAAAUGCCAUUAGUCCAAAUUAUGAAAAGAAAUCAUCAUAAAAUGAAACAUUAAUAUCUCCAAAAUUAAGAAGACAAUCAUCAAUGUCUCCAAAAAGACCUGCAAAAAAGAAAUUUAAUACUAAGGUAGAAUCCAUUUUAUUAAAUUGUAAUGGAGAUACUUUAGAUCUCUCAUAAUAAGGUAAUAUAUUUAUUAUAUAUAAUAUAUAUAGAUUUAGGAGAUGAUGGUAUGAUUCUAUUAGAAGAAUCUAUUAGAAAUAAAAAGGUAAAGAUUAUAAAAUUAAUGCGUAAUAAAAUUAGUGAUACUGGAGCAUGUAAAUUAUUAGAAUUACAUUGUUAAAUAUUACAUUUAUAAUCUAAUGUGAUUACAGAAAGGUUUUUAGAUUCAAUAUAGUAAUUAAUAUAAAAAUAGACCUAAAUUCAUAUUAAGACUAUCUAUUUAGGAUAAAAUUUAAUGAAUUUAUUUAGAGUAAAGAAAAAAAUAGAGGAUUUAAAGAAGUUAGGCAUAACUAUUUAAAUAUGA